CUGGUACUACACGAUUGGUCUCCAAAAUGCAAACCAUUUCUGUGCUAUGGAGUUCGGUGUCCUCUCUGAUCGUACUUUGUAGUUUCAGCCUUUUUAGCCCGGUUCGGACUUCUGCUAGAUGGUCUCGUGUUUUCAGUUUCAUACCACUUAGCACUGAGUAAGUUUUCUUCGUAAAAAAUCAUGUACACUGUCUCGAAGGGGCCUAGUAAAAUCGUAGCAAAGACGCGAAGAGGAAUUAGUCAAAACUUGGAGAGGCUAGAAACGCUGCGUGAUCUUACGAGAAAAUCAGAUCCUGAUGAAAAUCACGAUGUAACUAAUCAUGUACCAAAGCCUGUCUUCCACAUCAAUGGGAAAUCAAAAUUCAGUUCUCAAAGGCACCUUCAGAAUCAAGAGGCAAUUACUCCACAGCACGAGGAACUUAUUAAAUUUGUUUACGAAUCGUGGAGUCAAGUCAGCACACAGAACAGUGAGUCCUCAGAUGGUUCGGAAUGUUCUGAGCCAUGCAGGCACAAUUUCAUUACAGGCCCUGGGGCGAUAGUAUAUUACAACGAUGGAGAACCUAACGUUGUCUUACAGGACUUCAAACCAUUCGAUUUGGAGUCUUGGUGGGGAAAGCGGCUUUUUCACAAUAUCACCAAGUCUCUUUAAGAUAUUAAAUCAUCUGAUGGUCAAAAGUGGCUUGAAUAACAAUGUGAACAAAUGAUAUGACGAUCAAAUCAGUUGGUUUCAUAUUGAAUUUAAAAUUGAUGAAGAUUGAAGAGAGCGCACAAAAUUGAAUUUAGUAUGAAUAUCCUGUAAUUGCAGUUCUUGAUUCAAGCGAAUACCCAACGUAGAAGAAUAAUCAUUUUGGCAAUAUUCUCCAACAAUAACUGAUCAAUUUUUGUUGCAAGAGAUUAUUGCUUAAAAUUAGUCAAGACUUUCUUACACCAAAAGGGGUCUUUACAUUUUAUAAUUAUUAAUGUUUAAUUGUGUUUAUCGGUAGUUGAAAGGUAACUAAAUCUAUCCGCGACAAUUUUUCAAGUGCCAUUUUUUACACAGCAAUUUGUAAAUAACAGGUGCUUUAUAAAUUUGUUGGAUAUUAAAAUGUUAUCUGCUGAACUUCUAUUAAUUGUUAGUAACUGUAGAUGCCAUUUAUUGUUGGACAAAAAUAUGCCAACUUUCAUAGUUUUCUUUAUUAUUGUUUAAUAUUCUGUAGAAUAUAUUUCGCAGAUUUCUGUACUAAAUUUUAUAGCAAGAGAGUUAUAUCGUACACGCUAUUCGAUUGAUAUCGUAGUAUCCUCAUCAUUGGCACACUGCUGAAUUUAAAAAAAUUCUUAUUCUCAUAAACACAGCGUACUUUGUUAUAGAGAUACAUACAAAAUGCAAUGUCACGUAGACAAUAAAUAAUAUUAUAGUUAUUUUAAAGAGUGAAUGUUGCAUGAGUAAAAAAGAGAAUUAUUGAAUUAUAGAUUGAACUAUGAUGUGAAUAUAUCUAAACGUGUGUUAUGUAUGUGUGUAUAAGCACGAUACAUGCUGACACGUAUGCAUAAGGUACCCGCUAAGCGAAUGUUUGAAAAUGAUAUCAAUGACUGUUACAACAAUUGUAUCAUUUAACUAUUUUAAGUACUAGUAUAACUUCGUAGACUGAUACUAUUAAGAUUGUUAUAAAUUUAUAAAAUAUUUUUACAGCGUGAAAAAAUUAAUGGUAGCUCGAUUAUCAUAAAAUUAUACAAGUAGUUUUGGAUUAAUGUCGAGUUUAUGAGGUACACAUUUCUUCAUGCCAUUAAUUUAUUCGCGCAGUAUUAAAAUUGCAAAUUGCAAUUUUGUAGUCGACAUGUAGUGAGAAAAUUUGGCCUAUGCUGCUGAAUUUGUUAUUAGAAGAUAUAUAUAUGUAUAUAAAAUAUAUAUAUCUUUAUAUUUUA